AUGUUUGCUUCUGUUCCUCCCACUCCUAGGAAAGAUCUUAAUAUCCAUAAGGUCUUGCCUAAGGUUGAGAAGAAAAGGGAGAAUUUAUCUGUAUCAUAUGCAAAUGUGGCAAGAGGUAGUCAUAGUGAUAAACCAUUUUCAGAUAAAGAAGAUUCGAUCAUUGUUCUUGAUUCUGGGAAUUUUGUUAUUGACAACAAAAAUGUAGAUGCAUUUGACCGAUUUGAACAAGAUGGUAGUAAUGCUUCAUUAGCUGACAAGGAAGAUGCCUCACUAGAUCCUUUUGGUAUUUAUGAUGUAAUGGAAAAAUUAGAUAAUGAAGAGAAGUUAAAUAAAACAUCCAAGCUGCACAAGUUUUCUUCCCAGGAGCAUUCUCGAAAUUCAGCUUCAAAAAUUGAAAAAUCCAACUUGCCAUCUUCCCCUCGUGUUGUCGUUUCUGUUUCAGUUCCAAUUGUUGAACCUUUUCCUGAUAUUUUUGAUCGAGUGCAGUGA